UGUCUGUGUUCAUGCAGUGAAAUGGCAGAAGCCAAUAUUUCAGUGGAUCAGUAUCAGUUCAGCUGUCCAGUAUGUCUGGAUCUCCUGAAGGAUCCAGUUGCGAUUCCCUGUGGACACAGUUACUGUAUGAGCUGCAUCACAGACUACUGGAAUCAGGAAGAUCAGGAGGGAAUCUACAGAUGUCCAUUAUGCAAACAGACCUUCACACCAAGACCAGUUUUAGGUAGGAAUGUGGUGAUUGCUGAAAUGGUGGAGAAACUCAAGAAGACGAGACUCCAAUCUGCUGCUCCUGAAGUUCCUCACACUGGAUCUGGAGAUGUUCAGUGUGACUCCUGCACUGGAAGAAAACAGAAAGCAGUGAAGUCGUGUCUGGAGUGUCGAAGCUCUUACUGUCAAAAUCACCUUGAACAUCAUGAGAAUCUCUUCAGUAAAAGACACAAUCUGAUGGACGCUACUGGACGACUGCAGGAGAUGAUCUGUCCUCAACAUGAUAAAAUGCUGGAAAUUUACUGCCGUACUGACCAGCGGUGUAUCUGUAUGCUGUGUUUGGUGGAUGAACACAAAAAUCAUGACACUGUAUCAACAGUAGCAGCGAGGACAGAGAAACAGGGACAUUUUGAGGAAACACAGAGAAACAUCCAGAAGAUAAUCCAGCAGAGAGAGAAAGAUCUUCAGCAGCUGAGAGAGGCUGUGGCGUCUCAUAAGCGCUCUGCACAGACCGCAGUGGAGGACAGUGAGAGGAUCUUCACUGAGCUCAUCCGCUCCAUUGAGAGACGUCGCUCUGAGGUGAUUCAGCUGAUCAGAGAUCAGGAACGAGCUGCAGUGAGUCGAGCUGAAGAACGACUGGAGCGACUGGAGCAGAAGAUCAAUGAUCUGAGGAGGAGAGACGCUGAGAUGAAGCAGCUUUCACAAACACAGGAUCAUGUUCAUUUCCUCCAGAGUUUGUCGUCUGUCUCUCUCUCUGGAUCUACAGACGGUUUCACUAUCAGUUCUCAUCUGUCCUUUGAUGAAGUAGUGAAAUCUGUCUCUCAGCUCAGAGACAAACUGCAGCAGUUCUGCAGUGAGGAGACAGAAAAGAUAUCUGGAAGAGUGAAAAGCGUCCUGGUCAUUCUGGCUCCUGAAUAUCAGACCAGAGAGGAGUUUCUACAAUAUUCCCGUCUGUUGACUGUGGAUCUGAACUCAGUGAAUAAUGGGCUCCGUCUGUCUGAGGGAAACACAGUGAUCACUGUCGCUGACAAACUCCAGCAUUAUCCUGAUCAUCCAGACAGAUUUGAUAGUUGGUUUGAGGCGAUGUGUAGAGAGAGUUUGACUGGACGCUGUUACUGGGAGGUGGAGUGGAGUGGAGAUGGGAGAAAAGGAGUGGAUACAGGAGUGACUUAUAAAAGCAUCAGCAGGAAGGGAAGUGGUCCUGAAAGUGCAGCUGGACGUAAUGAUCAGUCCUGGACUGUGUUCUUCUCCCCCAACUAUUGCUCAUUCUGGCACAAUAACAUUGAGACUGAACUCCCUGUAGUGUCCAGCAGUAGAAUAGGAGUGUAUGUGGAUCACAGCGCAGGGAUUUUGUCCUUCUACAGCGUCUCAGACACAAUGAGCCUCAUCCACAGAGUCCAGACCACAUUCACUCAGCCGCUCUAUGCUGUGUUUGGAUUUGAUAUGCACUCAAGGGUGAAACUGUGUCAUCUGACCAAGUAAAUUAUAUAGAGAUUCUACUGAUUGUUUUAUUAUAUUCACUAGUAUUAUAACUUUUAAUAAUUACAGAUGUAUUAAGAUUAAAAUUUCUCAUCAGAUGAGUACAAGGUAUAAAAUUUAUACAUAAAAAUGUAUAAAAAUCUUUCAAAUAUCCCAAUAAAAUAUGUAUUUUUUUUAUUAAAUACAGUGGCAAGAAGUUUGUGAACCCUAAAUUGGAUUUCUGCAUUGAUUACUGUAGACAAACAUAAUAUGGCUAAACCAAUAACACACAAGUAAUUGUACUUUUCACAUUUUCAUUGAAUACAGUGAAUAAUCAUUCAAAGUGCAGGUUGGAGAAAGUAAGUGAACCCUUAAAUUUAGUAAUUAAAGCUUUAUGUUUUCUAAGGGUUCACAAACUUAUUCUUGCCUAUCCGUAGUGUUUACUUCUAUUGCAUGUCCAUAAUAAACACAAUUCACACUGUCAUUUCUCCUUUGCUAACUCUGUGUUUGAAACUAUA